AGACGAGGAGGGGUUGCUCGCCCUCGAGAUUUCGAGGACUACCUCAUGAGGCAGGUUGAUCCUCAGAGCAUCAGGCAGUUUCUGAGGAGCCUGACGCACCUCCCCCACCUGGGCGGCACGGUGGAGGAGCACCGGAUGUCGGCACUCAUUUCCGACACGUGGCACCGGCAGGGGAUGGAUGAGGUCCACAUGGUGCCAUACGAGGUGCUUCUGUCCUACCCGAGCAAGGAGGUGCCCAAUCUGGUCCGCCUCGUCGACCAAGAUGGCGCCGCGACCUGGGUGUCCGCGGCCAAGCAGAAGCCUUUAUAUUCCCCCGAAGAAGCGAUUCCCGAUGUCCCUUUCACUUUCAACGGCUAUGCGGCUCCUGGGAAUGUCACGGGCGCCGAGUGGUGUACCGUGAACUACGGCCCGGGCUCAAGACUCUCGAGAAAUUGUCCUGAAGAAGCGAAAUUGACGCUCCGAACGGGAAAAUCGUCCCCCUCGCCUGCGCUAGCGGAAGAAAUCUUCAGCGGCGAAUAUUGUGAGUAUGUGUCUUCUGGGGGUUGGGGGUUGGGUAUAGGUGUGUGGCUAUGA